AUGGUAGGCAUAUACCAAUCAAGGGAGCAAUUCUGGUCCCGAGUAGAGAAUGGAUACAAUACCACAUUUCCUUCAUUUAUCACUCUUACUCAAUUGAAAAGAUCUCUAAUUAAGCGAAUGCAAGUUAUUAAUGCUGCCAUUAGCAAAAUGCAAGGAUGCGUUCGACAAGUCAAACUUCUGAAACCAAGUGGUGUAUUAGAGGAAGAUAUUCCAAAAUGCUAUUAUCUAAAGACUCAGAUUACAAGAAAGAGUUCAAAUUUGAUCAUGUUUGGCCUAUGCUUAAAGAUGCCAAAAAAUUUUGGAGAUGAUGUUAACACAGCAAAAGCAAUCUACCAUAGGCAAGGCCGUGUUAACAUUGCAUCGUCACAGCCAAAUUUGCCAUCGAAGGACCACAUGUCAACUCAUUCAAAAUCUCCUAGAUUGUCCUCAUUUUCUUUUAAUAUAAACAAAGACAAUGUUGACGAUAUUUCUACUCAACGACCUAUAGGGGUAAAGCAAAAGGAAAAAGGGAAAUGA